AUGGACUGCGGGCACGGGAGCAGCGACACACAGCAGCAGCCGAAUCGGUUUCCUAAACAGCCGACAGCACAGCAGCACCAAGUGAACGACCAGAAACGUCUAAAUCGAGCCCCGACGCCGGAAAAAGGUAAAGACGUUCCUGCAGUGUCGCUGGCAAGGACCAAGGGCAGCUCUGGUGCGCCGGCAAAUAGUACUAAACCCGGCACCCGGCUGUCGCCACAUAACUCGGGAAAUGGGAAAGAAAUGACACCGGAGAAGGGGAAACCGUCUUGGAAAGCUAAGCCACCCGUCGCUGGCUCUCUGAAGUGCGGCAAUAAAUCGUCUGGACGAAGGAAGCCAUCCGAUGCCAGCAAUGCUUCUGAUAGUCCUCUUUAUCUGAGCAAGGACACCGGUUGCGCCCCUGGCAAGCUGUCACCCUCCGACAGUAGCUCAGAAAUCUCAGAUUGCACUUCGGAGGAGAAUAAGCUUUCGCCGGACGCACUGAGUAGUGACAUCGAGUCCCGCAGUUUGACUGGGGAAGCAGACAGAGACAGAGGGAGCGAGACAUAUGGAAACGGGGUAUCGCUCAGGGAUGGUGGAGGUGACCAGCAUGUUGAGAAGACAGUGGACAAGGACAUUGUCCUUCUGGGUCUGGAGACCGGGGAAAGAAAUCUCUCUCCUAGCGAUGCACGGUCAUUCGCCUCCACAGACAGUCGUCUGAAUUUCAGCACAUCACUCGUGUUCACUGACCUGACGGAGGAGAUCAUGAACCGGAUGCAGGAUGAAUUCGUCAGAGAAAUUGAAGAGCUGAGAUCAGAAAACGAUUAUUUAAAAGAUGAACUGGAGGAGGUGCGGUCUGAGAUGCAGGAGAUGCGGGACAUGUACCUGGAGGAGGACGAGUACCAGGUGCAGGUGCUCCGGCAGCAGCUGGACCAGGCCAAUAAGACGUGCCGCAUUCUGCAGUACCGGCUGCGGAAGGCGGAGCGGCGCAGCCUGCGCGUGGCCCAGACCGGCCACGUGGACGGGGAGCUCAUCCGCGCACUGGAGCAGGACCUCAAGGUGGCCAAGGACGUGUCCAUCCGCCUGCAUGGUGAGCUGGAGUCAGUGGAGCGGAAGAGGGCCCAGCUGGAGCAGGAGAAUGAGGAGCUGCGGGAGCGACUGCAGGACCUGGAGGUGACCAGCCAGGUGCUGCAGGCCGAGAUGAACAGGAGCAGAGAGAAUUCUCUGAAGAGAAGAGGAUCCCGGUCCAGCAAGCCUGAAAAGAAGCUCUCGCCCCAGGAGGACAGCACUGACCUGAAGUGCCAGCUCCACUUCGCCAAGGAGGAGUCGGCACUGAUGUGCAGGAAGCUGGCCAAGAUGGCCAAGGAGAGUGAGGGCAUGGCACAGGAGUUGGCCAGGUUUCGCUCCCUGUACGGGGAGGUGGACUCCGCCCUGACAGGAGAGGAGGUGGCCAACUCCCGCCACACACGCGAGGCCGAGGUCAGGGUUCACCUGAAGCUGGUAGAGGAGGAGGCCAACCUGCUGAGUCGGCGCAUUGUGGAACUGGAGGUGGAGAACAGGGGCCUGCGGGCAGAGAUGGAGGAGAGCAAGGGCCCUGAGCUACCAGGAGGGGUGGGGCCCAAUUCACUGGGCGGGGCUGGGGGCGGAGAUGCGGGGGAGGGGGCGGGGGAGCUCCGGAAGCAGCUGCAGUUUGUAGAGGAGGAGGCGGAGCUGCUGAGACGCUCCCUGCUGGAGCUGGAGGAGCAGAACAAGGCGCUGGUGAGGGAGCUGGACUGCUGCAGGGUGGAGCAGGAAGCUGAGGCAGACUCCAGCAUCUUCUCCGAGGACAGCUCCUCCAUGGUGAGCGAGGCGUCGCAGGAGGAGCCGACCGACGGGAAGGCCAGGAAGCUCCAGCGCCACAACCGCGCCCUGCUCUCCGACCUGCAGCUCUGCCACCUGGAGGCGACAGUGGAGCCCGAGGACUCUGCCAAAGGCAUGCUGGGACACGGCCGCUACCAGCGGCCCAUCGGGGGCGAGAACCACCCUCUGGAGGAAGCCAUUGAUGGGUGUGACAGUGGCGAUAACGAUAGCCACUCUUAUCCCGACUGUGGGCCUCAGUACCUUUGGCUGGAAGACUACAAGGCCCUCCUCUCCAUCCGAGCCCAGGCUUGCCUCAUCAGCACAACUAUCCAGCUACUCACAGCGUCCAGCUCCAGCUCCAGCACCCCUGCAGAGCAAGAGGGUGUGGAUAACAGCCAGGCGUUGCUUCCAGACCUGCCCUCUGCAGAUGCUUUGGUCAGCGGACUGGAGAACCUGCAGAUGCAGCUGCUGUCCUUCGUGGAGAGGGUGGAGGCGUUGGAAGGUCCUGAGGAAACAUACCUGCAGCAGACGUUAUGCAGUCCGGACAGCCAGUCCCUGGAGCUGCGCAGUGAGGAAAGCCAGUCCUUGCAGUUGCUCUGCCUGCAGCUGCGCAGUUUCCUCAAGCACUGGCAUCUGGGGAAGAGGAUGGUGCAGGAGGGCCGGGAGAUGAACAGUGUGAAAGACCUCUGCCUGCUGAUGGAGGAGGAGGGACUGGCUGUCCAUCAGGGGGAUAAGAUGGCGUCUUCCAAGGAGUGGUCCCAGACCCUCAACUCCAAGAACUCCCAUGACAAGGACGCCCUCAUUCUGGAGAACCACAUGCAGACAAGCAGACUGAGCAGUGUGCUGUCAGACCUUAAGGGGGCACUACUGGAACUCAUUGUGGAGAUGAAGGAGGAGAGACAGGAGUACCGGGAACUUGCCCAACAGUUUGACAGCGCCAAAGCAUCCUGGGACAAGGAGAGGAUCGAGCUCCAGGGUCAAAUUGCACAGCCUCUGCAUGACAAGACUUCAGAAAAGGACAGUUACACAGAUAUAACAGCUAAUAAAACAGACUUACAGGGGACAAGUGACAUCACUUUCCCCAGCCACAGGGACUGGAAGUACCUCACAGAGGAGACAGCGCCACCGGAGGUACGUGACCUGUUUAAGAGCUGGGACUGCCCGAUCCGGACCAGCAGCCUCCCGGGUCUGGAUCUGAGCCAUGAGGGAGUCCCAAGGAGCUACACGGCCCCAGACAGGACGGGCCUGCGGAUCUACCUCAGCCCACCUGCGGCCCGGCGCAUGGAGACACGUCUUGACAGGACCAGGAAGCAGUUUGGGCACGGGUGCCCGCCCACUGAGCCUGAGGCCAACCGUGAUGUUACCUCUGACGGGUGGCCGGGCAGGACUCCCGAGCACCACAGGGACCAGCCGGAGAGCUCUUCUGAAGCCGCUGCCCUCGCCCUGGGGGUCUUGGCUAACUUGAGUGACGACAUGAAGGAGAUGACCAACUGCGUGCGGCAGGCCAUGCGUCCCGCCUCGCUGGAGAGGAAGUGCACAGACGCAGCUAGCCAGACUGUGGGCGUGGCCUGCCAGACGGAGGGCGUGACCAGUGCAGGGACACAGACGGCCCUGUCGGUCAGUGUGGGGCUGCAGACUGAGGGACCCCACGGCACCGCUGGGGGUCUUCACCCCAAAACCUUGUCGCCCCGGGCGUCCUCGCUGGUCUCCUCCCGCGCCCGGCUGGUCUCCACCUCUCUGGAGAGGAUGCCUGGCCGGGCAGAGAGGUCCGGCUGCUCGCCCCGCUGCAGCUCGCCCAAACUGCAGCGCAGGGUGUCCACCCCAUCCUCUAUCCCCCUCUCCAUCUCCUCCAGCACCCUGUCCUCCACCUGCUCCUCCUCCACCUUCUCCUCUACCUCCUCUUUCACCUCGUCGUCCUCCUCCCGGCUGGAGGGCUCCAGCAGCGCCCCCCUGUGGAGCCUUCGGCAGCGUGGGCAGAAUGGGUCGGCCUGGGCGCGCUCCACCACCCCGCGGGACCGGCCCGCUCUUGGUGGGCGGAGCGACGGUGUCACGGGCGCGGCGGAGCGCUCGGGGGAGGGGAAGGCCACGGGGAAGGCCAUCCCCGAGGUGGGCCCAGCUCACAAGUACGGCAUCGUCCAGGAGUUCUUCCGCAACGUGUGCGGGCGGGGUCACGUGCCUGCCGUGGGCGGCCGAGGGAGGGCCGGUAGACGCAACCCGGGAGACACAAGGAAACCAGAGCGCCCCGCCCCCCGCACCGCGGGAUUGGCGGGAGGCGACAGAGUCACCAAGAUUGUCAACAAGAGGUUCAUGAGGCAGACCCCUAGAGAGGCCCUGAACAGCACAGAGAAGAGUGUGGAGGACGGUGCCUGCGACUGCACAUCCCGCUCCCUGACCUCCUGUUUCGCCCGCCCGUCCCGGUCUGCCAUGCGCCACGCCCCCGGCCAGUGCCGGCUGCGCUCACGGGAGCCAUGCCAAACCGCCGAGGGGAAAGACGAGCCUGCCCGCGAGUGA